UGCGUCCAGUAGGGGGAGGCAGUAUAUUAGUAUAUGAGCCCAGUCAUUUAUAAGAACAGCAGACCAUAUCUAUAUGUAUGAUAGCAGCAGACCUUCUUGAAGCGAUACGGAUGAGUGUUCCAUCAAUAUUGUUCAUUGAAGAUCAGGAGCGAAUUGAUGUUAUCUACACUCAGAUGACUUCAAUUUUGGAUGGCACACCUACACACACCCACAGUGACCAGAUCAGAUUCAUUAUGGAUGUCCCUUUUCCAGAGUCCAUCAUCUGUGCUCUUGCUGUUGUGAAAGAUGUGUCCAUCUUGGAGGCUGAGGAGAAAUUCCUUCGAGGACCUGUCAUUGACGCAAGUGAGUGGGAUCACUUUGACCGCAGGAUAAAGAAACAAUUAAAGAAGAGUGGCAAACCAUUGGAGAGUCAUCUACAGGAGUCAUGCUGUUAAGAAAUAACCAAGUCAUGGUGUUAAUACAUUUUUUUUUGUGAACAACAAUAUUGUCUUUCUUUUAAAUGACCCUUGGAACUUUAGAAAAUUGUUAAAUUUUGUUGGUCUUCAUAAAAU